AAAAUGUAGACCGGGCUAUCAAUAUCACCUUAUAUAAAACAAAGCCAUUGAUGCAAUGUUGAUUAUUCAAUUGAUUUUUUUUAUUCAAACAAUAUUGUGGGUAAAUAAUAUAACAUAUGGACAUUAUUUAUCACCAUUAUGUCCUCGAGAAAGAGAAGGACUCUAUUCAUAUCCAGGAGUUUGCGAUGUAUAUUUUUCAUGUGAACAUGGCAACGUAAUGGUUCAUGCCUGUGAGUCUGGUUUAGUUUUUGAUCCAGUAUUUACUACAUGUGUGGAACAGGAAAAAGUAACUUAUUGCAAAAAUGAUUGUUCCAUUUAUCCUUUUGGACGUUUACCACAUCCCAAACGUUGUGAUAAAUAUAUUGAAUGUAUUGAUGGAAAAAUUCAUGUUAAAAAGUGCAAAGUUAGAGGAACUGUGUAUAAUAUGGACGAUUGCUCAUGUGAUUUAAGAGAAAAUGUUCCAGGAUGUAAUCCGAAGGUAGUAAAAGCGUUAAAUCUUCGAGGUGAUUUGAAUAUUAUUGGUUGUUAGAAAAUAAAGUUUUUAAUUAAAAUAUAUUAAAUUGUCAUAUCUA